AAAUAUGCUCUUAACAAAACAGCUCAGCAACGCCUUCCUGCAGAUCAAAUCGUGCCUGUUACUGCAACAGAGGCUUGUGCAGAGUCUAGAUGCAUUCUCACCGCGAAAACUUACACCGCCAGUAGUCGUGGCCGAGUGGUUAAGGCGAUGGACUAGAAAUCCAUUGGGGUCUCCCCGCGCAGGUUCGAAUCCUGCCGACUACGGGAACAUUAGCGUUUUGCUGUCGUAAACACCUACUUUGUGUUUUAGAGCGUUCUCCUCCAACCUUCCGCAGAUUUAAGGAAUUUAGAAGCGGAUGGAACACGACAGGGACCCAAACGGGAAAGGAGAGAAUGAUGGGGCGCGACAGUGUGCCUGUGGUUACAAUGUGGGCCCGGGAGAGGGAGACAGGACGAAACACGCCAGACAAACUGGAAGGAAGAAAAGCAAGCAACGUGAGUCACACAGACACAGGGCAGGGAGAACUACCGCCUCCGUCCCCGCAGGCGCCCACCCCCAACAAACCCACCGCGUUCUUUGCCGCGAGCUCUGGCGAGCGCCUCGGGUUGCCACGGGACGCGGUGCGCAUGCGCGGGGACGCCUAGUAGGCCUGGUCCUCGCGUUACCCCUGGAAACCACCGGAGCUUCGGCGACUCGAGGGGGAAAAGGUCAGGCAAUUCAAGAUGGCGGAGGAUCUGGACGAGCUCUUAGAUGAAGUGGAGUCCAAGUUUUGCACACCCGACCUUCUAAGACGGGGCGUGGUCGAGCAACCCAAAGGUUGCCGUGGCGGCACCCACAGCAGCGACCAGAACCAAGCCGAGGCGAAAGAGAAUCUCAGAUCAACGGAAACAUUUAAAAGAGAAGAUGAUCUUGACAGUCUGAUUAAUGAAAUAUUUGAAGAGCCCAACUUGGACAAAAAAACGUCUAAAUUAAAAUCUAAAUCUUCCGGUAACACAUCUGUCAGAGCUUCCAUUCAAGGCCUUGGUAAAAGUUGCAGUCCGGUGUACCUUGGUGGAAGCUCUAUUCCAUGUGGGAUUGGAACAAGUAUUUCAUGGAGAGCAUGUAACCAUCUGCGUUGUAUAGCCUGUGAUUUCUUGGUGGUAAGCUAUGAUGACUAUAUGUGGGACAAAUCAUGUGAUUAUCUGUUUUUCAGGAACAACAUACCAGAAUUCCACAAAUUAAAAGCCAAGUUGAUAAAGAAGAAAGGAACACGAGCGUAUGCCUGCCAGUGUAGCUGGAGAACUAUUGAAGAACUGACUGACCUUCAGACAGAUCAUCAGCUUCGUUGGGUUUGUGGUAAACAUUAAGAAUGCAGGCUGCACAUUCAGACAGUUGCAUCCAUGAGAGCAGUAUCCGUUAAUCAUCAUAAUGUUUGGGCAGUGGUCCCUAGCAAUACAUUCCCUGUGGGAAAAGGCAGUGAAUUUUACUGAUACAACUACACACAGUUUUUAAGACCAAAUGGACUAAGGAAGAUUAUUAUAACACUUUGGAAUUAUUUUCUUCAUAUAUAUAUGGAUGUUUCACUUAGUAAGCAACAGCCAUCUACAUUCUUUACUAAUCUGUCUUCUGUUAAAUAGAAGUUUAAUUAUGGAGUUUCAUACAAAUACCUAGUUUUUCACUAGUAACUUCAACAUUGAUUGCUAAUAUGCUUAGCAAAACAUUCCCCACUUGUAGCAGUUAAAACAGAUAAAGCCGGCCAGGGCAGAGAGGUCAUCUAGGGGUGUCUACAACACUUCCUCCAAACAGAUCUGUUGUUGGCAAAGAUCAUAAUUUAGACAUGAAAGAAACCAGGUGAUCAGUGGCUAACUGAAGGGUAUUCAGGAGUUACAGGUAUUUUGCAAAAACACUGCCUCAUAGUUGAUCUUACCUCACAAACUCAAAGCAAUGUUAUGUACAUUAAAUAUAUGUUACUAGUUCUAGCUUAUUUUCCCUCUUUUGUUUAUUAGAUAUUGAAAGUUAUUUUCUCUUUUCAAUACUCAAUAAUAUAUAAAAAGUUUGAUGCAUCUAAAAUCACAAAAACUCUGAAACAUACAGGUUAUUGUUGGAUUUUUCAAGUACUUUCUAUCCUUUAAUACCUAAAACUCCAUCAAGUGAAGAAAACAGCAAGUAAGAUAAUUUUUCAGGCAGCCUGUGGACUUUUCUGGUAGGAUCAGGUUGACAUAUCAUUUAUUAGGUGAGUACAUGAAAAGAGAAAGCAUAUCUGAACCAGCAGGUAGGUAACCUGUUGGGCUCCCUCCUGACAUCACAGAGAUCUGAGGAACCCUACAAUAGCAGCACACUCAGGAAAUCAGAUCCCUCAAAAUUUCUAGCUCCCAACCCCAUUGAGAGAUUUUGGGAGCUUUCCAAUCUGCCACAGACUCUCUGCUACAUGUGUCUACUAUAUAAGUUCAGAUGUGUGACGCAGGGCACACUGAAAGGGAAUAAUUCCAACAAAGUUACAAUCUUAGUCUUAUGCUGAAUUUGUUCCAGCCACCCUACUGAAGGGAGGAAGAUGUGAUCAUUAGAAUCCUUUUCCUAGCCAUGACACAUUUACAUACUUGUGAAAUUUACUGUAGUAAGUCUAGCAUUACAAAAGAACAGAUCUUAUAAUGGCCAAUGCUCAUACUUUUGUAUUAAGGAUAUUAUGGCAGACCGGACGUGGUGGCUCACACCUGUAAUCCGAACACUUUAGGGAGGCCGAGGCGAGCAGAUCAGCUGGGUCAAGAGUUCAAGACCAGUCUGCCCAACAUGAUGAAACACCGUCUCUACUAAAAAUACAAAAAUUAGCUGGGCGUGGUGGUGCAUGCCUGUAAUCCUAGCUACUCGGGAAGCUGAGGCAGAAGAAUUGCUUGAACCUGGAAGGCGGAGGUUGCAGUGAGCCAAGUUGGCACCACUGUACUCCAGCCUGGAUGACACAGUGAGACUCUGUCUCAAAAAAUAUUAUGACAGAGUUUAUCUUUCAAUAAAAAUAUAUCCCUAAAGUUAUAUCUACAUGUAAUUGAGUCAGAAAUAUAGGGGGAUGUUGAUCGAAGUCAACUGUUGCAAAAUACAGCAGAGCAACAAGAUCAACACAUUCAGAACCUUAUAGCAUUUGGCACAUUAUUCAUUAUGGUGCAAUUCAUUUUUAUUCCAGUAAGCAAAUUUACUAAAUCAUUAAUUUGAAUUUUUUUUUUUUUUUUUUUUUUUUGAGAUGGAGUGUUACUCUGUUGCCAGGCUGGAGUGCAGUGGUGCCAUCUUGGCUCACUGCAACCUCCGCCUCCCAGGCUCAAGCGAUUCUCCUGCAUCAGCCUCUGGAGUAGCUGGGAUUACAGGCGCCCGCCACCAUACCCAGCUAAUUUUUGUAUUUUUGGUAGAGAUGGGGUUUCACCAUGUUGGCCAGGAUGGCCUUGAUCUCUGCCCACUUCGGCCUCCAAAGUAACCUACAUUGCCUCUACUUUGAAGGGACAAAGUUGUCCUGGUUUUUUUUCUCUUUUAUUAUUUCAUUAUAAGUAUCCUAAAACUUACAUACAUUGCCUAUGUUUGGCAUUCCAUAACAUAAGAGUCCCUCAAUGUCAGAAAAAUGUGUGUGAGUUCCCAUUUUUGUUGGCAAUGUACUUUAUAAGCUUUUUAAUAUAGUACAAUUUUAAACUGAAAUGUAGAAAGAAUAUUAUGUUUAUAUACAACUGCAGAAAUUAUUAACUGUUGUAAUUUAAGCUGAAAAUGCAACUAUUUUAGUAUCAGUAUAGAAGAAAAGUAUAGUUUCUAAUCACCUGUAAUUUUACAAUGCAAAGCCUAUAAAACUUUCAAGAUGUUUGCCUAUUUGUUUUUACUAUUUAUAAUAAUUUUCUGCAAGUAGCUAUUGUUAAGCCAGGUAACUUCUUUAUUUGAACUGUAUUAUACUCGCAGACCCUUAUUCUGCCUAGAAAUGAGUAAGUAAUAAAUAAUUACUCUGUAUUUGUUUACUUCUUUUAUUUUAUAGUAAAAUAUUCCAUUUGAAUGGA